UGCAUGAAAAAUGUUUUGGGGGCUCAGCGAAGCGCUCGAUCUGUACCAGGAAUAUUGCAAAGCGCUAAAACUACAACAACCACAUGAGUAUGACGCCGAAAAGCAGGAAGAAGCCAACGAAGAAAAGGAAAAAUUGCAAACAACGGGAGUUGAGUACACAGGGGAGGCAGAAGAAAGAGCGCACAGCGCAGAAGGUGAAAGUGACGCUGGUGGCGAAGCAAAAGGUGCGACUCAUCAACUCAAUAUAUUGCUCUUCGGUGCUGGCGAUCCGCGUCACAUCAUCAAAACCAUGGCCAAAAUGUACCAACACAGUGGCAGCCGUGUCAAUUUCUAUGUGCUCGAUGGUUGCAUAGAAAUCGUCGCACGCAAUAUGUUGCUGCUGGGCAUAGCGCUCGAGAACCCCGAAUCGUUUCACUUAGUGCGCAAGGUGCAUCUCUUCAUGGACGUGUACGGUAAUGCGCUGAUGCGUCCCGCCUCACAUCAAUAUCUGAUAGGCAAAGCGAAAGCCUUGCUGAGAAUGAUUACCGACGACGCGGAGUUGAAGCGGCUGGCACCACAAGUGAAUAUUGACCGACUGAGGUACCGCGAACGCGAUGGUUUGGAGAACGCAUUCAACUUUCUGCUGCCACGCGAGGGUUAUGUCUUCAAUGUGCAGCAGUAUUGGACUGAACGCGUGCGAAAAUUGCUGACCACGCGUUAUGAUUAUCGCGAGGGCGCCUUCGAUUGGGAUUUGAAUAUGGUGUUGAAGGACCGGAAUGCAGCGCAAAUAUGCUCGCAGGAAUACCGUUAUUGGCGCGAAACAGGCAUUGCCUUUACUUACCCCGAAUAUGAGCAGUGCAAGCCGAAUAAAACACUCGUCGCCGGGUUGGUGCGCAACGGCGAGAAGUAUCAGCAUCGUGGUUAUGCCGGGGACAUAGAGACGGGUCCAUUUUGUACAUUUGGUCUCAACACCGCUGACAAGCAAAUGAUGAACUCGGUGCAUGGCGACAAUGACUAUCGCGCCACGGACAUUACCGAACGCAAUCUAGUCGAAUAUUUUCAUGAAUUGCAAACGCGCACCGCUUACACGCAUGAUCGUAAAAUUUCGCGUAAAUAUGGCUCGGUUAAAUUGCUAAUGGGCGAACGGCUCACAUUUGACGAAUGCGAUGUGGAUGCCGUGCGCGAGUAUGCUAAACCGUGGAUUCAGGUGGAACAAUGCAAGGUGUUUUUUCUCUCGGCUGAUGAUAUUUUCACGCUCCAAGACGUGAACACCAAUGAAAACUGGCGCAACUUCUUCGAUGUCGUUUUUGUGGGACACAAUUACUUCCCAUUUUUGAAGAGCAAUUUCGCCGAAGUUCUGCGUGGCAAUGCGUUGCUUAUUUUGGAGACGAAACUGUUGACUGUGGCGCGCAAAGAGGUGGUGCACGAAUUCGAGGACAAAUUGAAGUCAUAUGCGAAGUUGUUAAAUUUAACGCCGGUGAUCAAUUACAAUGCCUUGAACUCGAAAAACAGUAUUUUGCGAUUUAAGAAAAUUAUCGAGAUGAAGAAAAUGGCUGAAAACGACAAUUAAAUAGUUAAA